AUGUUUUCAAUCAGCGAAAAACUACAAAAACAUCUAAACCUCUCCCUAUGGCUGGCCACACUUUCCGUGCUGCUGAACACCAAAUAUACCUUGGCCUUUACCAGUGUCAGUCCCAGUUGUGGUCCCAAUUUUCCCGCCACCUGCUUUUGUGGACGUGAAAUGUAUGAGGGUUCGAUGCAAUAUAUUGUCAAUUGUACCAAUGCUGGACUGCGUAAUACCAGUGUUCUGGAAUUUAUGCCACAAGAUGUUGAGAUACUAAUCUUCACAGGGAAUUUUAUACCCGAACUGCCGUGGAAUGUUUUCGGUUCGAUUAAUAAUUACAAAAAUCUACGCAUCGUCGAUAUGAGUAAUAAUCAUAUUCGAGAGAUCCGUGGCAAAUCCUAUCAUCAUGUACAGAAUGUGGAACGUUUGAUAUUGAAUCAUAAUAACUUGAGCAUAUCGCGUGACGAUGAUGAGGUGAAUCAUCACCAUCCCAGGGUAUUUUCGAAUUUCCUCAACUUACAAAGUCUGCACUUGACUGAUGCCUUCGAUGAUAACAGUUCACCACAGCUCAGCGAGGAUUUGCAUGACAUUUUCAUGAACAGUGAGUUGACGAAGCUGCAGAAAUUGCAUUUGGAACAAAAUGAAAUCACCCAUUUCAAGGAUCGCAAGGUGUUCUGUGAUUUACCCAGUCUGCGAGAUCUGCAUUUGGGUGAUAAUUUCCUAAAGGAUAUCAAUUUUGAUGUGUCUUGUUUGAAGAAUCUACGAUUCCUUGAUUUGGAACGCAACAAAUUCGAAUAUGUCAAGACCCAUGAUCUGAUGGUGUUAAAUCAAUUGGAAGCCCGUCCUGAUCGCACCACAAAUCUAAUCGUGGAUUUCAACUUAAAUCCCUUUACCUGUGAUUGCAAAAUCAGCUCCUUCCGCACCUGGAUCCAUUCCACCAAUGUCACCGUGCGCAACAAGGAGAGCCUAAUGUGUUUCCAUGAUGAGGUCAAUCCUCUGCCCAUACUCGAAAUUGAUAUGUCCCAGUGUAGUGCCGCAAUUGCUGCAGCCACCAUUAUGUUUAACACCGCCACCGAUAAUCAUUAUGGUGGUGGUGCUGCUGGCGCUCAUGAAAAUUCCGGUUUGGCCCAACACACUGCCACUCUGAUAUUUUUGCUAAUUGUUCUCAGCAUGAUUCUGUUGGGUCUGGUGAUUGCCCUGGUCUAUGUCAGCCGUGACAAAUUGAAAUUUAUGAUUACGCCCGUCUUCGAUAAUGUUGCCAAAAAGGUUCAAUACACCUCCAUAAAAGAUGAAGAUUGUCCUGAGGUCCAUGUUUAGAG